UCGCUUUUGAGUGUAUUGUGGUGGGUGGAGGUGAGUGUGCUGUCUGACAGGAGUCUCUUUUCAGAGUGAACCUUGAGGAUUGGGCUCUGCCUUCAGGCUGGCAGCAUUCACAUCUCCCUUCACCCAACCCAAAGAUGCCUCCACUUCCUGGGGCUGCUCCACGGUUGCCUCUCCAGCCAGCGAGUCCUGACCUCACCCGUCUUUAGACACCUGCUGUGUGGAUGAGGGACCCUGUGGGCGAGAGACACAACACCACGCAAGAGCCUCGGUUUCCCCUCAAAGGAGAGAGAGACAGAUGCAUGGAAUUUUGAUCUCAGUACUCACAAGACGUAGAGGGAGGAGUUCAAUGCCAUCCCUGGCCACACAACAAGUUAGAAGCCAGCCAUCCUGGACUACGUGAGACGUCAGGGGGUGGAGCCUCAGGAGUACCUACAAACGUGCCUCACAGGAGAGGGAGGAUGGUGGAUUACCCAGGCUACAGUCUGCCCGGCGUGGCUGCCUCCUUGCUCUUCCUUCUGCUGACUGUGAAGCACCCAGAUGACUUCAGAGUGGUGGGGCCUGCCCUCCCCAUCCUGGCCAAAGUCGGGGAAGAUGCCCUGCUAACAUGUCAGCUCCUCCCCAAGAGGACAGCGGCGCACAUGGAGGUGCGGUGGUACCGCUCUGACCCUGACACGCCUGUGAUUGUGCACCGGGAUGGAGCCGAGGUGGCCGGGCUACAGAUGGAGGAAUACAGAGGCAGGGUGGAGUGGACCGAGGGCAGCACUCACGAGGGAAGUGUGGCCCUGAAGAUCCACCAGAUCCAGCCAGGUGACGAUGGGCAAUACUGGUGCCGCUUCCAGGAAGGGGACAACUGGAAGGAGGCAAGCGUGCUGCUCCGAGUGGCGGCCCUAGGAUCUUCUCCAAACAUCCACAUGGAGGGACCAGGAGAGGGAGGGAUCCAGCUCGUAUGCACGUCCCAGGGCUGGUUCCCUGAGCCCGAGGUCUAUUGGGAGGCCACGUGGGGAGAAGAGUUGUUGAGUUUCUCUCAGAAUCACGUGCUGGGUGAAGAUGGGCUGUUCUGUGUGGAAGACACACUAGUGGUCAGGAACGAUACUUCAGAGACCUAUUCCUGCUUCAUCUACAACCGUGGCCUCGAAGAGGCCAAGGAGGCCGCCAUUGCCCUGCCAGAGAAACUCCAGACAGAGCUGGCUUCCUCAAGGGUGAUUGGACCUUCCCAGCCCAUCCUUGUCCGAGUCGGAGAGAACAUAGAAAUAACGUGUCACCUGUCACCUGAAGCUAACGCUCAGAGCAUGGAGGUGAGGUGGGUCCGGUCCCACUACUACCCCGCAGUCCACGUGCAUGUGAGCGGGGCCCACUCAGCGGGAGAGCAGAUGGCGGAAUACAGAGGGAGGACUGUGGUGAUGAGAGAUGCCGUCCACGAGGGAAAGCUGACCCUGCGGAUACACGAUGCCCGAACUUCAGAUGAUGGGAGGUACCGGUGCCUUUUCGGGAAAGACGGUGUCUACCAGGAGGCCCGCGUGGAUGUGCAGGUGAUGGCGGUGGGCUCCACCCCGCGGAUCACCCAGGAGAUCCUGAAGGAUGGAGGCUUGCAGCUGAGAUGUACAUCAGAUGGGUGGUUCCCACGGCCCCAGGUGCAGUGGAGGGACAGAGGCGGAAGGGCUGUGCCAUCGUUUUCCGAGGCCUUUCAUCAAGGGAGCCAGGGGCUGUUCCAGGUGGAGACGCUUCUGCAGGUCACAAACGGCUCGGUGGUGAAUAUGACCUGCUCCAUCAGCCUCCCUUGGGGCGAGGAGAAGGCUGCAUGGUUUUCCCUCUCAGACUCCAGGAUAGCUCUGCUGUGGAUGGCCCUGCCCGUUCUGCUGCUGCCUCUUGCCAUGGCUGUCGACCUGCUGAAGGUGAAGAGACCUCGGAAAGACCAGAAACACCACAGCAAUCAGCAACAUCUCAGGAAUGACGGAAGCCACACAAGGACUUCCCUCUGACAAGAGGCUCUGAUUAAAAAAAAAAAAAAAUGCACCACAGAGUGGGGGAGUACCACGCAAGCCAGGUGCACCCCACUUUCUGAAUACCCCAUCUUUCCCUUCAGUGAGCCUCACCUGCUGUUGUCCAAAGGGUUCUCCAUGGAGCAGGACCCACUCCUGUUGGUCACAGUGAGGGACCCCUCUACCGGAGUCAGCCCAUCAUCAUCUUGGCACAGUGAUGGCAUCUUCCCUCCCUUUGCUUCCUUCUGCUGUCCCUCAGGAUGGGGACCAUCCCUCACCUGUCACAGCCGUUUUAUGCCAUCACCUUCUGGAUCCAUCAUGAGGAUAUAAGAAGGGGAACCUAGAUCUGGAGAGAAAUGCCACUUGUCUGAGACCUGGGUGGUUUUUCUAGAAAUGUCUGAUCCAGAAGCUCCAGAGGGACAAAGCCCUUCACCUGCAGGUGGGAGGAGAGGGUUUCUUUUCUUUUUCCAUGAGAUGAAGGACCUGACUGUGAGUCUCAGUCACAGAAGACCUGGCACCUACACUACAGAUCAGAGCAGGGGCUGGGGAAGUAGCUCAGCGGUUAAGAGCACUAACUGUUCUUGCAGAGGACCUGAGUUUGAUUCCCAGCACCCAUAUGGCAGCUCACAACCGUCUAUAACUCCAGUUCCAGGGGACCUGAUGUCCUUUUCUAGC